AUGAAGUCUUCUAAGGCUUGGCCAAAGAUAUCUUCAGCAGCAAGACAUGUAGCACAACAGUGCCAACAUCACCAUCAGCAACAUACUCAUCAGCACUUAGUGGUAAAUCAGCAUUCAAUAAGUUUAGCAACCAUACGACCACAUAACUUAUUAUUACAGCAUCAACUUUCAGCUACUACUUCCUCAGUCUCUUCUAGUAGUAAUAAAAAUGAAAUAGCCACUAAUAACAACCAGCAUUCAACCUCAACAUCUAUUUUACCGUCUUAUUCAUUCUACAAACAGCCUUUCAUUGUACAGUCUUUCCACUCAUCACCUCCUUCCAUAUCGCCAACAAAGCAUCGGCAUCAUCGUCAAUUUUCUACCGCUCCAGCUUGUGCUAAUGCCGCAGUAGCAUUGCGGCAUCAAAUCAAUUGUAAUAGUAAUAAAGAAAGCAAACAGACCCAACAGCAUCAACCCGACGACCCUCAUCUUUAUAUUCAUCAACAACAUAGAAACAACACCAACGCUACCACAUUGAGCCCUCAUAAAUCUACUCUGCCAUCACUUAUUGAUUUCUUCGCUAAAACCUAUGCUAAACAAGCCCCAUCCUACAUUUUCUGUCACGCCGCGUCAGGCUUUGCUAAGCAACGCCGUACAACUGCUUACCUGACACCGGAACAACGCCAUAUCUUGCAACAACAACAAAAACAUUACCUCAGCGUUCAAAUUGGCGAUGAUGCCUAUUUUCGACGUUCAGAUGCCAUCGGUGUUGCGGACGGCGUAGGAGGAUGGGCUGGGGUCUCAUCUGCCGCUAACGCCGCAUUAUACAGUCGCAAACUCAUGCAUCACGCCUACAUGGAACUAGAACGUUUCGACAACAUGGAAGAUUAUCCGGAUUACUACUAUAAUUACGAUGAAUAUGCCGAUCCAAUCCGCAUCUUACAAAAGAGCUAUGAAUACAGCAAUGAUGAGGCCAGGAAAGAAGGCAUUUUGGGCUCUUGCACAGCUUGUCUAGCUAUUUUGCGUCAUGCUGAAUUGAGAAUAGCCAAUUUGGGCGAUUGCGGAAUAUCUGUAAUACGACAAAAUGACUACAUUUUCCGAAGUGAAGAACAACAACAUGCGUUUAAUUUCCCAUACCAACUAGGCACUAGUUCUCCAGAUCAGCCUAAGGAUGCGCAGACGUUCACUGUGGCUGUGGAGAAGGGGGAUAUCAUUAUCAUGGGCUCGGAUGGUUUGUUUGACAAUUUGUUUGAUGGUGAAAUACUGUCUAUUGUUAAGCGUCAGGUGGCUACAUAUACUAUACCGGGUAGACCUAGUCGAUUACUCUCGUUGGAGCCACAGGUGAUUUCAGAUGCGUUAGCGGAACAAGCAAGAAUUGUGAGCCUGUCAAAAAUGAACGUGGAUAGUCCAUUUCAAGAACGAGCGAAUCAUGAAGGCAUCUACUAUCAGGGUGGAAAGGCAGAUGAUAUCAGUGUGAUCGUUGCUAUUGUAAAAGAUUGUGAAGACUCUCCCGAUAGAAGGUUAUAA